AUGAGCCUCAAGGACUGUGGUGUGAUGUCGCAGUGGGAAGGGGAGUGGCCGUGGCUCAGGCACAGCGUAUCAUCGGUGAGAAAGUACGUGUGGGCGGCUGCUGCUUAUCUCGGUCCGGCACUGAAUGUCUCAGGUCACGUAGCAACCGCUAAGCUCUACGCCGAGCAAGCCGACCGCUUCGUCGCCGUGCCCGUAUCGGCGGUGGGUGAAACGGUGCGUACGAAGCAGUGGGUUAUUCCCUCUUUAGGCAUCGGUGCGGCAAGCGCAUUCAUUACAGCGAAGAGCGCGUCGUGGGGGACUUACCGCGCGAUGCGUAACGGCGGCGUUACUGCUGUUGCACUGACGGUGUUGCUGUUUCCUCGUGAAAUAAUUUCUUGGGCAGAUGCCUCACUACCUUUUAGGGUGCAACAUCCGAAGGCAGACAUCGAGGAUGAUUGA